GCCCUGGCGUUCGUAUCGCGCGCUCGCGUCACGAAAAUGGAUUGUGUGUGCACAUGUGAUCUCGAUUCGGUGUAAUUUUGUGACGGUACUAUUGCGGUGAAGCAUGAUGCCUCUCGCACCGACUCCUGUGGUGGCGGUGCCAUCGAAGCCGAAGAUCGGUUUCAGUAUAGACAGUAUAGUGGGAGGUUCGGAGCGGCCGCGGGCGGCGUCACCGUCGCCGGGCAGCCCGGGCUCGCCGUCGCCUCUGGCCUCGCCGCGCAGCCCAUCGCCGCGGCCGUUGUUGCGGCCGAGCGCGCUGCCUGCAGUGUUCCCGGCACCGGAGCUGAAGCGGCUACCUUAUCUGGAGGCGCAGAGCCACCACCAACAGUUCCUGGCUCACUUCCAGGGCGCUGCGCUGGCCGCCGCGCUCGCGCACCAGCAGCAGGGCUUCGGUGCGCCGCUGCCGCCACACCCACCUCAUCAUCCCGCCGCGCCCGUGCCUCGCGAAUCCUACCAGCUCUACCCCUGGCUUAUCAAUAGGCAUGGCAGAAUAUUCCCCCACAGGUUUCCCGGAGGUCCGGACAUUCCGGGUUUCUUGCUGCAACCGUUCCGGAAGCCGAAGAGGAUCCGGACGGCGUUCUCUCCGUCGCAACUGCUCAAGUUGGAGCACGCGUUUGAAAAGAAUCAUUACGUGGUCGGUGCGGAGAGAAAACAGUUGGCACAGGCGCUCAGUUUAACUGAAACACAGGUGAAAGUAUGGUUCCAAAACAGAAGAACGAAACAUAAAAGAAUGCAGCAAGAAGAGGAAGCUAAAACUGGCACCAAAUCUGGUUCAUCCGGCACGAAACCUGAUGAUGGCAGUCAGUUUAAUAACUCUUAUGAUGAAGACGAAGAACUUAUAGAUAUGGAUAUGGAUGAACUUAGUGAGAGUGAAAAUGAAACGUAGAUAACAGUGAUACAUAAGACAUUGGUGUAAAUAGUUUUUAUUACAUAAUUAUAGGCAAAUGAUUCUUAUUUAUUUCAAUAGUAAUGUAUUAAGACAUUUAGUGUCAUGUAAAAUGUCAAAUUAAGUCAUUCCUUAUUUAUCAAUCGUAAUUAAAAGCGUCAAUAGCCUAUUAGUUAAGGGUACGGAUUUCCGUUCACGAGGUCUGGGGUUCGAAUCCCGUCA